AUGUCAACCCACAUCGUCAAUGACGAGUCCGGGAUGUCAACCCACAUCGUCACUGACGAGUACGGGAUGUCAAACCACAUCGCCAAUAACGAGUCCGGCAUGUCAACCCACAUCGUCAAUGACGAGUCCGGGAUGUCAAACCACAUCGCCAAUAACGAGUCCGGGAUGUCAACCCACAUCGUCACUGACGAGUCCGGGAUGUCAACCCACAUCGUCAAUGACGAGUCCCCGGAGGACUGCCGACAUUUGAAACCAUCUGAAGUGAAACCAUCUGAAGUAAAACCAUUUGAAAUAAAACCAUCUGAAUUGAAACCAUCUGAAGUAAAACCAUCUGAAGUAAAAUCAUCUGAAUUGAAACCAUCUGAAUUGAAACCAUCUGAAGUGAAACCAUCUGAAGUAAAACCAUCUGAAGUAAAACUAUCUGAAGUAAAACCAUCUGAAGUAAAACCAUCUGAAGUAAAACCAUCUGAAUUAAAACCAUCACAAGUAAAACUAUCUGAAGUGAAACCAUCUGAAGUUAAACCAUCUGAAGUGAAACCAUCUGAAGUAAAACCAUCUGAAGUGAAACCAUCUGAAGUAAAACCAUCUGAAGUAAAACCAUUUGAAGUAAAACCAUCUGAAGUGAAACCAUCUGAAGUAAAACCAUCUGAAGUGAAAUCAUCUGAAUUGAAACCAUCUGAAUUGAAACCAUCUGAAGUGAAACCAUCUGAAGUAAAACCAUCUGAAGUAAAACUAUCUGAAGUAAAACCAUCUGAAGUAAAACCAUCACAAGUAAAACUAUCUGAAGUGAAACCAUCUGAAGUUAAACCAUCUGAAGUGAAACCAUCUGAAGUAAAACCAUCUGAAGUGAAACCAUCUGAAGUAAAACCAUCUGAAGUGAAACCAUCUGCAGUAAAACCAUAUGAAGUAAAACUAUCUGAAGUAAAACCAUCUGAAGUGAAACCAUCUGAAGUUAAACCAUCUGAAGUGAAACCAUCUGAAGUAAAACCAUCUGAAGUGAAACCAUCUGAAGUGAAACCAUCUGAAGUAAAACCAUCUGAAGUGAAACCAUCUGAAGUAAAACCAUCUGAAGUGAAACCAUCUGAAGUAAAACCAUCUGAAGUAAAACUAUCUGAAGUAAAACCAUCUGAAGUGAAACCAUCUGAAGUGAAACCAUCUGAAGUAAAACCAUCUGAAGUGAAACCAUCUGAAGUGAAACUAUCUGAAGUGAAACUAUCUGAAGUAAAACUAUCUGAAGUAAAACCAUCUGAAGUGAAGCAUUUAUGGGACCUCCGGAAUUCAAAUAUAGCAGGUUCUUAG